UUGAUCCUGUGUGAUUUGAAUGCGUAUUUCACUUGAAUUUUUCCAGUGCUUCGUUCUCAUCAUUUGAACCAUCGCAACAACUGCUGCCAACUCAACCUCCUCGGUCCUUUGCCCUUAUCUCGACACCCGCUCUCCUCUCUGGCAGUUGAUGGUUACCCACCCAGAGCCAGCGCCAGCACCACUAUAGCACCUAAAGCCCCCGAACACCGACCGCCCGACAUCGGCUACAGUGGACGACCCAGCGGCGGCGCUGCCAGCAGGAAAUUAUUGGGACGGCUCUGAUAGCGAGGCAAGACAGCCACGUCUGCAUUAUCCUCUUAUCAGACAGCCACUGUAACGUGCCUCUAAAUUACUGUCUCCUCCAUUUUGACCCCCGCCAAAGAGUUGCCUGUCGGUAUCUUGCGGACGCAUCUCGGCGGAGUUUCCUCGACGCUGGAUCCUGAACCGACAUUGCCAUCCACGGCCAGAGGCUAAAUCCGAGGGACCCUUCGGAGUUCUUGCAAUAUCGAAGGUACGCUCGCAAAGAGCUUCCCGACCAGCUUCGUCCAAUUAGAGAAUGCAUAAUACAAACCGGUGAUAAGAGCUAGCUGCUCUGAGGGUCAUUCCUGUUGGCUGAGAACCGACAUCAUCAAGCAAACAGCAUGCUAUCCAGACCUUUUUGGCGUUACCAAACCUGUUCUGAGAUUUGAUCUGACCGACGAUACCAUCCAUCUUUGUUACAAACGAUUUUCUGCCAAAUUAUUUCGGUUUGGCGUAAAACACACUGUAGUUUUGACAUGCAUGUGAACUGUUAGCCAAAGCGCCGUUCAAAAGUCUGCCGCUUCCACUGAAAACGGCGGUUGAGCAGGCGCGCGACACGCGCCACAGCGGGGAGCUCGCCCCGCAGCCACUGGCAUUAUUUUGUUUACCUUGAACUGCCAUUGUUGACUACAGCAUCGCUGCAUUCGACCGCAGAAGUAGAGCUUGCGUCUUCCACAGCAUCAAGGCUGUGGUAGACUUCCGAAUCUGCCGCCAUUAUGUUCUCUACAUUGCCUGAUUUUACUCCACGCGACUCUCAUUCGUUAUGGUAUACCUCAACCCGCAAUCCAUUGGCGUCAGAACGACCGAUAGAUGCGCUUCCUACAGAUCCCGCCGCAGGCAAUUCGACCAAUGCCCCUCGACAACGACCUGGCCAAGUGCUGGAACGAACCGCGCUCGCUCGCCUGGCAGCUGAGGAGAGCUACAUGCAACGACGCCGCCUUAAUAUUCAAAAUUUUGGAAGCGGGUGGCUACGACCGCCAGGUAUUACCAAGACGCUGCACCAGCUCCGCGAAGAGAAACGAGAACAGGAAGAGCACCAGGAAGCCAUGCGACGAGAGCAGCUGGCACAGGAGCUCGCCGAAGCUGAAGCAGGGAACAUGGAAGAAGAAGGAGGAAUGGAUGAUGUGCAGCUAGAUGGCGCGCAAGAUCUGGAUGAAGAAAUCCCUGAUGCCGAUGCUGAUGCGGAUUUUGCCUUGGGAGGCUCUGAUACGGAAGAGGAAGAAGAGGACGAUGAUCUCGACGAAGAUGAGGAGAGGUCUGAGGACAGCGAUUCGGACGGCCGCAGAGAAGAGCGCCAGAACGAUUUAAUGGCUGCACGGAUGCGAAUGACAGACGAUGCCUACCGACAGGCCCUUGCUCGUGGCGACCCGGAUGGCGACGACUUGUACGGCGGAGCUGAAGAGCUCGCGGAAGAAGACAAUGGACAUAUUCUGGACGAAGAAGACUUUGCCGGAGAAGGCUCUGGUUAUCUACUAGAUGAUGGAGAAGGAUACGAAGACCUUGGAAUGGAUGCCGAUUUGGAUGACGACGCUCCAGAGGCAGAGAGCGGCAUGUACGAACACACCGAUUCAGAAGCCGAAUUGGAGAGCAGUCGCGUUCUGUCGUCCGACGAUGAAGAUCGUGACGUCGACCAAGAAGAAGAGGUGGAGGAAGAAGAAGACCAAGGUAACGAUAUUGGAUUCGCUCCAAGAGCAGCACCCCUUGGUCCUCCCCAAUCACCGACACUCAUGUCUCGCAACAGGCGUAUCACCAACAUUUCAACGGGCCGGCCCAGUCUAGACAUCAACACACUACUGUCCCAAGACGAAAGCAGUUUUAUGGAUAGUAGUCCUAUUCAAAACCGCCGCGCUAGACAAGGCUGAACGCAUCUCUCUCGGAUACCACCACACACCUGGCGGCUUGUAACGUCACGACCAUAACACAUCAUUGUAUCAUUAGUAAAAUAUUUGCAUACCGUAGAAUUACACAUGAAUAAUGAACCUCUUGCAUAGCAUGAUUUCUUGAUAUACAUUGUAAUUAAUUAUCUUGGUAUGUAAUUGCAUUGCGCAGGUCCAAAGACCAUUAACCAAAACAGAUGCAACGUCGUCAUGAACAGGCCGUAACCGACCUUGGCAGAUUUCCCCGCCGGGCCAUAAUAAUAAACAGGAAACAUAGUAACGCCAAUGAAUUCCACAGCACGAAAAAAGCCCAAACAGAGGAGCAGAAGUGGCCAAGCAGCGCGCAAGUCGGACUGCUGAGCAACUAGAACCUGCUCUCCUCGUUCGGAUACGCUCAAAACAGCCACACGUACAUAAAGAUGAAAAUGACGGCCGCAAAGAACAUCAGCCAGACUUUCCAUCCGACGCCUGUGCGCUGUGCCAUAAGUAACAUACGGUUCAUUGUUCCUCGUAAGCGUAGUCUCGUCUGGUCGAAUGUGUCGUUCAUCUUGUCCGCCAGAGCGGACGAGUCGCGGAUUUCAUCACCAAUCGCCACCGUCAUCUGUAAUCCAUUAGCAAUCUGGCAACCCCUAAUCCCUGUAUGGGAUUCAACAAUCGUAUACGUACAUCCUUUAGCGUCCUGACUUUGCCCAGGAUACCCGCGACUUGCGAGUCAUUCUGGCUCUCUAGCUCAUUAAGCGUCGCAUCGCUAUACUGGCCUCUGCUGUUGGGCGUCGCCGUUCUGUAUCCAGCACCUGAGCCGUUUUGAUUCUGACCCGGGUAACCGCCAGGGGCGCCGUACGGGUUGGAGUUGUAGCCGUAGCCGCCGUUUGUGGCCGGACUUGCGCGGCGAGAGUUGUUGCCGCUGUAGCCCUCGAACAGAGCGUUGCGGGAGUCGCGCUGGUGCACCGAUGAACCGUUAAACCUGCAGCAAAUAUGAGUCAGCAUUAUUGCAGAGGAGGUCUCGCUGAGGCAGCCCGUGGAAAGGGGCCCAGCGCUAGAGUAGUCCAAGAACUCGUAAACUGUGCAGAGGACAUGUUCCUAUCGUAGCAGAAGCAGCUGGAAUGAUGGUAGGAGUCGUACCUUUGAGCCAUGUUGGAUCAAUCCCCUUUCCAGGAGGCGUGUGAGGUCCCCGUCUUGGUGGUGGAUGUCCGCGGGGAGGUCGUUGAGUUUUGGCUGGGAGGCCAAGGAUGGUACCGUCGUAUCGUAAAGUUUUAGGAGAUGCAAGAGGGAGGAAAAAUUCGAAAUGGUCGCACGCCUCCCUCUUUUCGAGGUUAAAAUUAUCCUUUGUAGGGACAAAGUUGGUUUGCGGAUUUUCGGGGGGCGAA